GUCGAAGGCAAGUGGAGACAGAUUCGCCUGUUUAGAAAAGGCUGAGCCCAGCAGCAGCAGCAGCAGGCUGGUUGGUCGGAGCGCACAUGCUCAGUGGGAUUAUUAUUGUUUUUUUUUUUUUUUUUUUUCGAGCGGAGGCUUUAAGAGCGCAGCCACUGCAUGCAGACGGCAGCAGAGAGGCUGAGCCAGAGCUGAGAGAGAGCACACCCGGAGGAGGAGAGCUGCAGGAGGAGGAGAGCUGAAGCGGACCAUCAGCUGCCAGAUGAGCCAUCCCUGACAGCUGCAGACCCGGCUCUAUGCUGGGCACCCGCAGCCCCAGGCUGCUCCCGCUCCCAUCUUCUCCUCAAUAGACUCCUAUUUUUUUAUACACAUUUUCCUACAUUUUAUUUUUUUAUUUUUUCUACAUUUGGUUUUCUAAAAGCAUUUCCAUUAUGGUGCUGGGCAAAGUUAAGGCCCUGGCGGUCUACUUCGACUGCCUGAACGAGAACAACCUGCCCGUGUUCUCCGGGGGAGACCUGGUCUCCGGGCGGGUGGUGGUGGAGGUGACCGGGGAUGUGCGGGUGAAGAGGCUGGACAUCACCGCGCGGGGGCUCGCCAAAGUCCGGUGGACGGAGUCGAGAAACGCCGGGGCCAACACCGCUUACACCCAGAACUACACGGAGGAGGUGGACUACCUGCAUCACUGCGACACCCUGAUCGGAGAGGAGAGAGAUGAAGACGCUCUGGAGGAGGGCAUGACUGUCCUGCACGCCGGCCUGCAUGAGUUCGCCUUCAGCUUCAACCUGCCUCAGAUGGCUCUGGCCACUUCGUUUGAAGGGAAGCACGGCAGUGUGAGGUACUGGGUGAAAGCCGAGCUGCACCGGCCCUGGCUGCUGCCUGUCAAAGUCAAGAAAGAGUUCAUUGUGUUCGAACACAUCGACAUCAACACGCCCCUCCUGCUGGCCCCCCAGGCUGGGACGAAGGAGAAGACUCUGUGUUGCUGGUUUUGCGCGUCGGGUCCAAUCUCCCUCAGUGCCAAAAUAGAGCGGAAGGGCUACACACCAGGCGAGUCCAUCCAGAUCUUUGCCGAGGUGGAAAACUGCUCGUCCCGUGUCGUGGUGCCCAAAGCGGCGCUGUACCAGACACAGACCUUCUUCGCCAAGGGCAAGGGCAGGCAGAUCCAGCAGUUGGUGUCCAACCUGCGGGGAGAACCUCUGCAGCAAGGGAAGAGCCAAAGCUGGGAGGGCAAGCUGCUCAAGAUCCCCCCGGUGUCGCCCUCCAUACUGGACUGUCCCAUCAUCAGAGUGGAGUACGCCCUCAUGGUGUACGUGGACAUUCCCGGCGGGUUGAACCUGUCGCUCUCGUUGCCUCUGGUCAUCGGCACCAUACCGCUCCAUGCCUGCGCCACCCGCACCUCCAGUAUCAGCAGCAACUGCAGCUCGGUCAGCUGGAUGGGCCUGCCAGAGAGACCUGAGGCUCCACCAAGCUACAGCGAUCUGGCAAUAUCAGAGGCUCACAGGCGGAACUGUCUGCAGGGCUGUGAUAGGUCUGAUGGGGAGGGAGAGGGCCAAGGAUCUGUGCUGACAUACAUCACAGAGUUCAGAUAUCUCCCCCCACCACUCUACUCUGAGGUGGACCCGUACCCCGACACCGUGGAGGUCUGUGGCACUGCAGACGUCCGGAGACCUGACAUGUGUCCGUCCCGCUGAGGGGGUCCUACCCAGUCUACCCAUGCUCAGCCAGAAGUCCCACAUGACUUCUCACCAGGAUGUCACUGUAGAUGUGGCUGGACCCAUGCUGACCUGAGGACAGCCGACCGACGGAGUCCACGGUGACUCAUGGACGAGACGGACCAGGGUUACGUUGGACAAACCAUUUCCCGUCCUCGAGACGAGGACAAAACCAAUGUCCUCUGACAGCGGCGUGAAAAACUGUCCUCCCCUCCCACCAGAAGACGUCUCCUCCUGCCUCACAGAGAGGUUUGCACAUGCCGUUCCAACCGGUUCCCUCUCAGAACGCCGCGGGCCGACAUGCCUCAGUAGACGGAACGUCCGCAGUGCUCUAACUGGCACAUAGUGAAGAGAGCUGUCUCCACAGACAGCUGAGCUCAGCGCUCCGGCCCGAAGGUGGAAGUCCGGUGAAAUUCCCUGAGAUUCUCCAACUCAAACCAGAAACAAGACGAUGACGACAGAAAAGUGUCACAUCAGCGACCAACUCAAGGGCUUCAAAGCUCAAGUUGAGUGUGAAUGUGUGUGUGUAUGUCCGUGCAUGUAUGCGUGUGUGUGUGAAGGCUACAGGGUGUGUGUCGACUUAAAUGUUAGGACAAAGCACAACUCGGACCAACCCAGACAGUGUACCACAAGUUGCCUGUUGGUUUCUGCUCUGAGAUGAAGCCUGUGUAGCUGCAGAUUCUUCCACGACCCGGACGGAUGUUAGAACGCAAAAAAAAGAAAGAAAGAAAAAUAACAGAUCAAUGUUUA